UUUACUACUAAAUCGUAGCCUUGUUAAUACUUAGCAGUUACGCUUUGACCCCUCCCUCAACGACUGUUACAAGGGAAGGUACUAAUUUACAAGACAAAUUCUCUUUUGACUUCACCUUUGUUACCCAAAAUUUGAAAUUUGGAUCAGAUGGCGGAAGGAGGAAAUCCGUCCAGGUAUGUGAAGUUGACAAAAGAUCAAGCACCUCGCGAAGACAUUAAACCUGGCGAGCUUAAUCAGCCUAUUGAUGUCCCUCAGUUAACUGGUCGGAAGUGCCAUGAGUGUGGACAACCUUUGCCUGAGAGUUUUGAGCCUCCUGCAGACGAGCCUUGGACAACUGGAAUUUUUGGAUGUGUAGAGGACAAAGAGAGUUGCUGGAGAGGACUUUUCUGUCCAUGUGUCUUGUUUGGGCAUAAUGUUGAGAGGCUAAGAGAAGAUGAUACUCCUUGGUCUACUCCUUGCAUUUGUCAUGCCAUUUUUAUUGAGGGUGGCAUGGCGGUUGCAGCUGCAACAGCAGCAUUUCAUGGCAUUGAUCCAAGGACGUCAUUCCUCAUUUGUGAAGGUUUAUUAUUUAGUUGGUGGAUGUGUGGUAUAUACACUGGUCUGGUUCGGCAAUCACUGCAGAAGAAGUAUCAUCUCAAGAAUUCGCCCUGUGAUCCCUGUGUGGUGCAUUGCUGCCUGCACUGGUGCGCCUUGUGCCAGGAGCACCGGGAGAUGAAGAGCCGUCUGGCAGAUAAUGUUUCCAUGCAAAUGACAAUAGUUAACCCUCCACCCGUUCAGGAGAUGAAUGCUGCUGGCGACAACCAAGAAUCUGGACCAUCCUCUACCAAUGGGGUCGGACAAACUAACCUGGAGAUGCAAGCUCUAUGAGAGUUGUCCGCUUUGACUCUCCAAUGUCAAUUUGCCAAAGAGGGUGUGUGUUUUGCUAGGUCACAGUCAGAUUUGGAUCUAGGUUUAUACAGAUCAAAAUGGAAAAAUUAAUAGUCUUUUUGGUUAGAGGUAUGUUCAUCAUGCAUAUAAUAUUUUUUUGGGUGAAAUAUGACGUUUCGUGGUGUGCAGAAACGAAGUAGUGGAGGUGGGUUCUUAGACGCACAAAUUAGGCCAUCAAAACUCUUUACGUUAUUUUUAUCACACAUGCAUGAACCGUGUUACCUUUGGUUUUUGCU